AUGCUUGGGGUAGCAUUAAAACUCAAAAAAGGCAUUAUUACAUUAAGCAGUAUUUUACCUGAGUUAACAGAAUUUCAAAUCUCUAAAGAUGAAUGGUUUAUAUUUGAAAAAGUUCACAAGUUUUUAAUCAAUUCUAAAAGUCUCUCAACAAGACUUGCUGGUGAAAAAUAUGUAACUCUACCACAAGUUGUUGUUUCUUUUAAUCUUUUAGUUAACCAGAUAGAAACUACCAUAACACAAUUAGAUGAAAACAUUUUAAGAACUGCAAUAGACGGGCAACUAAUUUUGAGUUUUCAAGGAUAA